UCCUUGCCAAGUAGAAUGGCCACAUUGCAUUUGCUAUUCUGCUUCUCGACAUUUCUAUUAAUCGCCAACGCUUUGGAAUUGACUCCUCAGCUUCUGAGUGCCGCCGUCUCCUCAGCUGGUAAUGAUCUUAAAACGAAGCCCACAUUUCCCUUUGCCCUCGACGAAGAAGUCGAGGGCAUAGAGCUGCCCAUCGAAGUGCCCCAGACGGUGGACAAUGAGGAGGCGAAUGAGUUGCCAACGAUCAAAGCUCAGCCUCAGCAUUCUAUGCCACCAGCCUGGAUAACAUUCGCCGAUGAACCAGCUCCACCAGCCCCGCCACCAAAACAGCUGCGUCUCACCGGCAAGUCGGCCUUUAUCAAGCUGCCGCCAGGCAUGGGCCAUCACAAGCAUUCCCAUGGACAUGGUGGCUCCCAUAGCUAUGGCUCGUGUUCCAUAGAGAUAACCAGCAAGGUGCCAGGCAUCUGUUCACCCAUGCGCAUUGGCAUUGGUAGCCAAUGCAUAUCCGGCGAAUAUAUGGAGUUCUAUACGGCUCCGCAUUGCGCAAACUUUUAAAUUAAAAAAAAAAACAAAAACACACAACGUAGGCUAAAGAGGCCAUUAGAGGAGAAAGAGUGCGACUACCUGAUUCGAAUUUUUUUCUUGUUAUAUCUUUUUUUUUAUUAUUAUUAUUAUACUAUUGAAAUGUCCGACAAGAAAAUGUAGAAAACAACAAUCAGCGACAUUUCC